CUGUGGGCGGGGCCGGCCCCACAGCUCUCCCGGGCGGCCGCUGUGCGGAGCGAGCGCGCGCGGACCCUGCACCGGCCGCGGAGCCGCUAUGGGCCCGCCAGGCCCCUGGCGUGGCGCCGCGCAAGGAUCCGCUCAGAGCCAGGAUUGAAACUCCGAGAUGGAUGAUCAGGAUCCUGGGGGCAUUAGCCCCCUUCAGCAAAUGGUGGCUUCAGGAGCUGGGGCUGUGGUCACUUCCCUUUUCAUGACACCCCUGGAUGUGGUGAAGGUCCGCCUUCAGUCUCAGAGACCCUCAGCCAGCGAAUUGACAACUCCCUCCAGUUUCUGGGGUCUCUCCUACACCAAAUCACCCUCUGCUCUGCAGUCCCCAGGGAAGUGCCUCCUUUACUGCAAUGGCGUCCUGGAGCCCCUGUACCUGUGCCCAAAUGGUACCCGGUGCGCCACCUGGUUUCAGGAUCCCACCCGGUUCACUGGCACCUUGGAUGCCUUUGCCAAGAUUGUGAGGCAUGAGGGCACUAGGACCCUGUGGAGCGGCCUCCCAGCCACCCUGGUGAUGACUGUCCCAGCUACUGCCAUCUACUUCACUGCUUAUGACCAACUCAAGGCCUUCCUAUGUGGCCAGUCCUUGACCUCUGACCUCUACGCACCCAUGGUGGCUGGUGCCCUCGCCCGAAUGGGCACUGUGACAGUGGUCAGCCCCUUGGAGCUUGUGCGAACCAAGCUGCAGGCUCAGCAUGUGUCAUACCGAGAGCUGGCUACCUGCGUUCAAGCUGCGGUGGCUCAGGGUGGCUGGCGCUCACUGUGGCUGGGCUGGGGUCCCACAGCUCUUCGCGAUGUACCCUUCUCAGCUCUGUACUGGUUCAACUAUGAGCUGGUGAAGAGCUGGCUGAAUGGACUAAGACCGAAAGACCAGACAUCUGUGGGUGUCAGCUUUGUGGCUGGUGGUAUCUCAGGAAUGGUGGCUGCCACCCUUACCCUACCCUUUGAUGUGGUGAAGACACAGCGACAAAUGUCACUGGGAGCAGUGGAGGCUGUGAGAGUGAGGCCGCCCAGAAUUGACUCCACCUGGCUCCUGCUUCGGAGAAUCCAGGCUGAAUCUGCUUGGCCCCGAGGAUCUGAGAGCUCGGGCCAGGCAGUAUUCUCAGCCCUGAUCGUUCCUUGUCUAAAGAUGAUGAUCUUCUGUGCACUGCUGUGGCUGCGGUGUCUUGGGGCUCCUGCAUCCUUGGCAGGAGGCUGA